AUGGACAAAGAUUGCGACAUGGUUUAUAAAAACAUUUCUGACAUAUAUAAAUCUGAGGAGUUUAAGACUUACGAUAAUUUUGUUUCAUUAGUUGCAAAAUGUGUUUGGGAAAUAAGAGAUAAAGAUAGAAGAGGCAAAGUAUGGAACGAACAAAUAAGACCCGCUAUGUUUGAGAUGAAGAGAGCAAUUGACGCUUUAGUUGUUUUAGCUGGUUUUAUUUCAAUGUAUAACGCAAAAAUGAACCCGCAAUGUUCAAAAUGUAAAGCAGGAAUAAGAAAAUAUAACUACUCCGUCAAAGAGAUAGAAAGAAUGAGAAACGACUAUGCAGACUUAAAGAAAGAAGCAGAAAAGCCAGCAGAAGAUAAAAUGGACAUGUUAGCAUUUCUGAACAAAAACUAUCCAACAGCAGAAGAUUUCCUUCUGUCUGACGUCAAGAAGAAGUAUAAAGAAACUUUCGGUAUCGUUAAAACUUUUGACAUACUGACAGAAGAAAUAGAAGCUACGAAAUUGUUUAGAAUUUCAAAUAUACAUCGUACAAUUCAUGUAAAACGCUUGUGA